AUGAAUCGAUACUAUUCGGAUGUGAAUAAUGCAUAUUAUACUUCACGACAACAAUCGGAUAAUAUACGUGCAUCAGGUUGGCAAUCAUCAGUGCCAACAACGAAUAUAAUACCUACGUCAUUAUUACCAUUACUACGUAUUGUUGUUGAAUGUCCAUUUGGUCCAAAAAAAUGUGACUAUACAAUUGAUAAAUCACAACGUGGUCGUCUAAUUGUUGCUGCACGUCGUCGACAUACAUUUAAAUAUGAUUAUCUAUUAUCAAAAAAUAAAGAUAAUGUAGUUCUUCAAACUUUUACAAUACCACCAGAUGCUGAUGUUGAUAAUUUACAAUCUCAUAUUGAACGAUGGACAAAUCGUUUAAUUAUUGAAAUGCCACGUCUAUCUUCAUCAUAUAAAAAUACAAGAAAUACAUAUACGAAUUCUAUUCAGUCACCUACUGUAUUAACAACAUCUGCAGAUGUUUCUCGAAGAGUACAUGAUGAUAAACAAUAUACUAAAAUCUAUUCAAAAGAUAAUCAAAAAAUUGAAUAUCGUGUCGAUUGUCAUGAUUAUACACCUGAUGAACUUGAUGUAUUUGUUCAAGGUCGAGAUUUAAUUGUACAAGGUAAAACUAAACAAGGAACAUCAUCCGAUCCUAAUCAAGAACAUGUAUCAAAAAAAUUUACACGUAAAAUUCCAUUACCAAAUACAGCUGAUCUAUCGAAAAUUGUAUCAUAUUUUGAAAAUGGUGAAUUACGAAUACAAGUUGCACUUCAACCAGGAAUGUAUUAUAAUGAUGGAAAAAUUUAUUCAUCAGAAUUAACACCAACAGUCGUAUCAGAUAGAACAAUUGGUGAAAUUCGUCGUAUUCAAUCACCAGUACCGAGCAAUCAUUCACGUCAUCAUCGACGACAUGAACAUAUAAGUCAUCAUCGUGAUGAUCGUCAAACAUCGAGUCCAGUACGACGAGAACGUUCAGCUGAAAGUCUUUAUUAUCCAUCUUACAGAUCAUCAAGAGAUUAUGAUGAAGAUGAUGGACGAGAAAAUCGACGUACACGUAUUGUCAGUUACGAUAGAAAUGAUUCAUUUCAACAACCGAUACAUAGAUCAGUUUAUACACCUACAAAUCAUAUUGUUACAACUAGGACAACUGCAUAUCGCGAUUAA